AUGAAUGUUUCACUUUCAUUCUUAGCUACAAGAAGUCAUUCUGCAAUAUACAUUCAUAUAAUAUGUUUAUUACUCGUAUUUCUUUUAUCUAUAUCAAUUUUAUGUAAUGUUCAGUUUAUGAGAUUUAAAGUCCCAUUUACAUAUUGUGAAUUUGGAACACAUAUUUCAUUACUUCUUCUUUUAAUUUUUGUUCAACAACCUCAGUUCUUUUUAGCACCAUCAACAAUUCAAUCAUUUAUAAAAAAUUAUCCUUCAAUAAUAAUAAUGUGGAUUUUUUUAAUUGUAUUAAUGAUAGUAAUUGCAUUUAUUCCACACCAACCAAUGUACGUUUCGGUGCAACGUAAAUCAUUUCAUUUUAUUGCUGCUUUAAUCUAUACAAUUGGAAUUCGUUCAAAUGCUUUAUUCUUAUCGGUUCUUAGUAACAACCUUGUAGUUCUAUUUGUUAUUCUUGAUUUUCUUAGAAUUAAACUCGCACCAACUGGUAUUCUUUCUCAACUUUUCCAACGAUACAGAGAUUCACAUCAAGACCCAAAUCUUUCAUUCGGAUUUCCUGCUUUUCUUUUAUUAUAUGUGAAUACUUUACCAUUAUUAUUAUUUAGAGGUCAUUUUCAUUGUGCAAUUAUUUCUUCUAUAAUUACAGUUGAUAUAGGUGAUGCGUUUGCAGCAAUUGUUGGAAGUUAUUGUGGUAAAUAUUUUCCUAUAACUCGUUGUGGAAAUAAAACAUUAAUAGGAACUCUUUCCUUCAUAAUUACAUCAAUUUUCUUUGGAAUGAUUAUCAACACAUACAUCCCAUUAUAUUUAUCAUUUAAUCAACUGGUUUUAAUUUCAAUCACUUCAGGAUUAAUGGAAUUAACUU